CAUACCAUGUCCAUAGACAGUUUACAGAGUAAGGAAGCAAUGUCGUUUCGGUAAACUAUCCAUUUAAGCAAAACAACACAUCUCAGCAUUUGUGUGCAUUUAACAAUUAGGAAAGUAAGAAAAACGUUUUUAAUUAGCAUGUCUAAGUGCACCAAUCCCUUAAACUAAAUCAAGUCUUUCAAGUGCAAGUGAAACUACCGACGUAAAUCUUUUCGAAAGGGAGACAGAUGGAGAGGCUGUCGGUCUCGCUGAAUGCGCCCAACUUGAGUGUCGGUGAAAGGGUGCGGAUAGAGGGGCCCGCUCCCCACCUACUUUGAAAAAAAUAUAUUGGGUCUGUUGUCAUGGAAAUCGAAGGACACUUAGAUGGAUUCGACAAAGAUGGGGGUUCAAAGGAACAAAAGCCAAAGUGUAAUUUUCCUAAAGGCGUCAGAAACAAUUAAAGGGAAUAUUCAUCGUGAGUCCCUCAUUUGAAGACCGCGCUUCUCUUGGCACACCAGCAACCGAAUAUCCACUAAGUGCAUUUUUUCAAAAUGGUUACUUUCCGUGAAGAACAUAAUUUUACACCGAAACAGACACACACACAUGCAACACAUUUGAGGAGUUGUGGGGCUUGGGAUACGCAGUCCUGAGUGCGCACCAGAGUGGAACAACAGCCUUUGCGCUUGGGAGUAGGCUACCUACCGAGAUGGCCAACAAGGGGACUCAACUUCAGAGCCUGUCAAAAGUGUUUGUUCUGCUCAGCAUAAUGACAGUCAAGACCAAUCCACUUGAGACGGUCAACGUGGUGGACUUCUGUGGCCAGAACAUCCAGGGCGAUGGGAUGAUCGUCAACUCACACCAGGAGUCCAAGAAGUAUUACUUUGUCACCAUGGGAACGGACUGCCACCUCACCAUGCAGGCCGCCUCCCCCAAGGACAAGGUCCAGUUCCACUUCCGCUUCUUCCUGGUCUACAGCCUGCUUCGUUUAGCUCCCCAAAGUCCAUCCCCCCUCUUCCCUGAGUCCCCUGAGUCGACUCCAGUGGUGGAGCAAGGGGACCCAUGUCAUGCGGGAUCAUACAUUCAGUUCUAUGACGGGCGGGACAAGAACUCGCCUCCUAUUGGACCAACGCUGUGUGGGAAGAGCCCACCUCGCCCGGUGCUGUCCACAGGGAAUCACCUGACCCUGCGUCUGGUGACCCAAGGUACCCUGCCUCGAGUGGAUUUCGUGGGGGACUUCACCUCCUUCAGACUGGGUUUUAACCAAUCAGCGUGCAGCAGUGAGCCUUACUUCCCAUGUCGGAAUGGGAAGUGUAUCCCCAUGAGUCUGGUGUGUGAUGAAAAGGACAUUGAUAACUGUGGGGACGGGAGUGACUUGGAGGAUCACCUGCCCUCAGGGUGCAAAGGUCACUCAGCUAUCACACCUGUGCAGCUACCUGUUCAACAGGCCUUUAAAGGUGGUCUAUGUGGCCCCCAACAAACUUCAGACUAAGUCUCGCUAUUAUUACACUAUUACACAGUUUAUACACUUUUAAAGGAGUUGGGGCAGCCCCUCUCCUCACAUAUUUGUUUAUUUGUUAGGUCACAAGUAGAGAGGAAACAGGAGCUUGUGCUGAAAAAGGGGUAGGCCGGAUCCGAACCCAUACUGCAGCAGUAGACAGUAUGUGCACCAGAAGCAGCAGCUUAGAUCACUAGACCACCUUAAGCCACCCAAUUUGUAUUAUUCUACCGUUCCUCUAAACUGUACUUUUUGUUACUGUUAAUUGGAAUGUGUUUUCAGUCACCUUACCUAGUAAAGAAAAGGUAAAUAACACCUGUGUGAUCUCCUCAGCAGGUCAGCUGGCCCCAGCCCAAGCCCCUCCCCCAGCAGUGACCCCACCCCCCCCUGUCUUAAACGCGCCCACUUUGCCCAUGUCCACCAAUAGGGACUGUGGCACUCCGGACGGCGUACCCCAUCACGACUCAGUGACAGAUUCUCCCCCCUACCUGUCCCUUUUGGCUCUCUACAUCGCAUUGGGUGUGAUAGCUGGUGUUGUCCUGCUGUGCUGGUGCUGCUGGUCUCCAGGCUGGUUCCUCUGGAGGAUCAGCAUCUGCCGCUUCUUGCCAUGUUGUAACUCAGCCUGUGCCUCCUGCCAGCUCUGUGCCCGUAGCUGUGCCCAGAACAAGGAGCACCGACCAGCUAAGGUCUCACCACAAGGACAGGUCCCAACCAACGGUGUUGCCUUGUCCACCCUCACCACAUCCACGGCUAACGCCACCACUCUCACUGUGUAGGGGGUAUAUAGCAGUGCAGUCGCUAUAUAGCGCAGGACUGUUGUUGCUAUGAAGCAUAACUGCUAUGAUGGCUAACAGUGAGACAAAUGGACUCACAGACAUGAUGACCCAGACUUCCUGUUUUAGACUGAUGAAUUGAGAUGAUACUUGUAUUUUUACUGGGUUACAAGGACUGUUAAUGUCAUGGAAGAAGGAGUGCUGCAAAGCUGAGACCGUUCUUAAAACGGGGAAAGGCUUUACAUUAUAUUGUUUUAGUCACCGUAGGUUCUUGUUUUCUGGUGCUUUACAUAAUGAAUGACUGAUGCUUCCUUCUUCUGACUGUUUUGUAUUUAAAAGUGUAUUAGAUUGGAUUCAACAGAGGGUUCUUCUCUGAGUGUAUAAGUAACCCCGGUUCACCUAUUCAAUUCUAUCUACAGUUAAAGUCAGAAGUUUACAUACUUAGGUUGGAGUCAUUAAAACUCGUUUUUCAACCACUCCACA